CCCAACAUCGACAGGAACACUGAAUCUACAAGCUUAAAAUCGUUCGAUCAAUUUCAGCCAGAAAUACCCGACAACAGACCCAAGAUGAGAAACGUGUUCGUCUUCGCCCUUCUCUUUGCGGCCUUUGCUGUGGUCCUGCAGGAAUGUUCUGGAGCCCCAACCCCGGCUGUCGCAAGAGAUGUUAGAGACUCCCAAAGUUCCAGCACUGAAUCCUAUUCCUCCGAUUCUUCUAACUCCAGCGACUCUGAUGAAGCCAGUGAUUCCGGAUCUAAAAGUUCCAGCGACUCUGAUGAAGCCAGUGAUUCCGCAUCUAAAAGCUCCAGUGAGUCUGAUGAAGCCAGUGAUUCCGAAUCUAAAAGCUCCAGUGAGUCUGAUGAAGCCAGUGAUUCCGCAUCUAAAAGCUCCAGUGAGUCUGAUGAAGCCAGUGAUUCUGAAUCUAAAAGCUCCAGUGAGUCUGAUGAAGCCAGUGAUUCCGAAUCUAAAAGCUCCAGUGAGUCUGAUGAAGCCAGUGAUUCCGCAUCUAAAAGCUCCAGUGAGUCUGAUGAAGCCAGUGAUUCCGAAUCUAAAAGCUCCAGUGAGUCUGAUGAAGCCAGUGAUUCCGCAUCUAAAAGCUCCAGUGAGUCUGAUGAAGCCAGUGAUUCUGAAUCUAAAAGCUCCAGUGAGUCUGAUGAAGCCAGUGAUUCCGGAUCUAAAAGCUCCAGUGAGUCUGAUGAAGCCAGUGAUUCCGGAUCUAAAAGCUACAGUGAGUCUGAUGAAGCCAGUGUUUCUAACUCUAGCGACUCUAAUGAGAUCAACGAUUCUGGCUCUAACAGCUCUAAGUCUAGCGAGUCUGAUGAGGCCAGUCGUUCUGCUUCUAAAUCUAAUGAAUCCAACUCUAAAUCAAAUGAAAUCUAAACGAUUACGUGUGGUGAAAGAAGUACUAUUCUCGCUAAUGUUGAAACCGUGUAAUAAGAGGGUCCAGGGUUCACAUUUCACUUGCUUUGAAUUCGCUCAAAAUUUGCAGUUCUAUACAACAUCACACUGAGUCCUUUUCCCUUACAUCUUAGUUUCUGAAUGGAGGUAAACAUUAAACCCGUUCAGUUUUAAUUAAGACCAUGUCAAUGGUCUCCCCAUAACACGUUAUUCCAAAAUGUUGCCAAAAGUGCCUUUCAUUCUCUAGAUCUAAAGAAAGGAUGGAUUGAAUAA